AUGUUUGGCAUAGCUAAAGAUCCUUUACAACAUACUAACAGUGAAGACAGCGAGGGAGAGGGAGGUUUGGGUAAUGUCUCUCGCGUUAUUAUACGUCCUCCAGGAGUAAGUGGCAAAGCCAAAAGAGGUCACUUGUGUUUUGAUGCCGCUUUUGAAACGGGCAAUCUGGGUAAAGCAGACUUGUUGGGAGAAUUUGAAUACGAUUUAUUUCUACGACCGGAUACCUGUAAUCCUCGUUAUCGUUUUUGGUUUAAUUUCACUGUGGAUAAUGUUAAACAGGAUCAAAAAGUUAUAUUUAAUAUAGUAAACAUGUGUAAAUCUCGUAAUCUAUUCAAUGCUGGCCUAACACCUUUGGUCAAGUCAUCUUCGCGACCGAAAUGGCAAAGAUUGCCUAAGAAAAAUGUUUUCUACUAUAGAUCACCUUUGCAUCAAAAUCAUUAUGUUUUAAGUUUUGCUUUUUCAUUUGACAAGGAAGAUGAUGUCUAUCAGUUUGCUUUAGCACCACCCUAUAGUUAUUCACGUAUGCAAGCGUACCUGAGUGUCAUAGAAAAUCGUCAGCAACAAGGUGAAAAGAAAUUCACUAGAACACUAUUGACCAAAAGUUUGCAAAAUCGCAAUGUUGAUUUAAUAACCAUAGAUCAUGUUAGUGGCAAAACCAAAACGAAUCGUAUUGAUCGCAGUUUUAUACGUGUCAUUAUUAUUUUGUGUCGUUCUCACGCCAAUGCUAGUCCUGCUUCAUUUAUGUGCCAAGGUUUUCUGGAAUUUUUGUUAAGUAAUCAUAAUAUCGCUAAAGUAUUAAGAGAAAAUUUUGUUUUCAAAAUUGUGCCAAUGGUUAAUCCGGAUGGUGUAUUUUUGGGUAACAAUCGUUGUAAUCUUAUUGGCCAAGACAUGAAUCGUGUGUGGCAUGUUGCCACCGAAUUUUCUCAUCCUGAAAUUUAUGCCAUUAAGAAUAUGUUAAAGGAAAUUGAUAAUUCAGAUGUGAGUAUUAUAUUAUAAUGUAAAUUAAUUAAUUUAUACAUUUUCCUUUUAUUGUUACAGUCAUAUCAAAUAGAUUUUGUUAUAGAUUUGCAUGCUCACACAAGUCUACAUGGUUGUUUUAUAUAUGGCAAUACAUACGAAGAUGUCUAUCGUUAUGAACGACAUUUAGUAUUUCCUCGACUCUUUGCAGCAAAUGCCCCCGAUUAUGCGGCCAACAAUAUGAUGUUUAAUACCGAUGAAAAGAAAUCAGGUUGUGCUAGACGUUUCUGUUGUGAACGUUUAAGUGAUACAGUGAAUGCUUACACCUUGGAAAUAUCAAUGGGUGGUCAUUAUUUAAAAGAUGGCAAAACAGUGGCCUUGUAUAACGAAGAGGGUUAUUACAGGUGUGGUCGUAAUUUAGCUAGAACUUUUUUACAAUACUAUCGUUUUAUAAAUGUUUUACCCGUGGCUUUGCCGGCUGAUGUGCGUCAAAAGAAACGACGUCCUAGGACACAUCAAUCCCGCUCAAGAUCUAAGACCCGCUAUGAAGUUAAACCCCGACCUAAAACCACUAGAUGUUAUGCUCCAAUUUCUUAUACAAAUCUUUCCAUAUGUUACGAUUCUGGUGGUUCUUCGGAUGAGGGAGGCUUUUCACCCACUCGUCCCUUAGCUCCUGGCAGUAGUCAUUUUAGUGGUUAUCGCAACUAUCGUCGUGUAGCCAGCAGUACUUUGCCUUCCAUACAAACACCUCAUGAUCAAUUUUCUUUAUUGCGUUUAAAAUCGGGUAAAUUUGAUUUAACUCAAGAUUCUUCGUUGCCAGAAUAUGGUCGUAAAUCAAAUUCUCCGGAGAAGCAAAUUAAGUUCGAAUUACCCGUGAAUGUACCUCCUAAACCAUAUCUCUCAAUAAUCGAUUUAAAUCAAUUGACCAGAGGAAGUUUAAAAGUUAAAGCAACAAGUUUUGAUGGUUAAGUAA